UCUGAUCCCGCCUUCGUCUUGUUUCUAUGGGAACAGAAAACAUCUGUCUGAGCGGGUCUAAUAGCGAGCGCUUACUGCGUAUAAUUGGGUGUAAUACAGCAUCGCUAUGUCAAGGCAGGAUGGAAAUGUCCAGGUGCCGCUGGGUACCGGAUUCUGGAACAGUGCAAAACCAGCUCAGUACAGCAAAGAAACCCAGAACCUGCUGAAAGUGAUGAUGCAGGAGUCCAGGCUGACAAACUUCCAGCAGCGUCAGAUAAAAGAGCGUUUACAGACUGGGGAUACGCUGCCAGUACUAUGUCAUCCCAGCUCCAGCAUUGCCCAACAUAAACCUCGAGCCUCUGAAUCUAUGCCAAAGAAAAAAAACAUUGCAAAUGCCAGAUCGGUCUUACGUCCUGCAGAGAAAUGCCAAGCAGGGGAUGCUUACAGCAGAGAGAAAUUCCAACCCCGACCAACCCGUGACUUGAACAAGGAAAAGAUGCGAUUACAAAACAUUAUGGCCACAGGAAAGGAUCUGCCAGACAUCCCCCAAGCACUGCCACAAACAGUGGAGACUGAAACAGAGGAAAGGGACAGAUUCGAUGAGUUGGUGGCAGAAAUGCAAGAGAGAUGGGAUUUCUUAAAAGAGAUGGAAGCUUUGGGUCGAGGAAGACAAUAUUACAACAUUAUUAACACCGAAAUUUCACAGAUGCUGCGAGAGAUGGAAAUGAUUGACAAGCAAAGAAGUGCUGCACUCAGAGAAGCAAUGCAGAAAGCAAAAGAUAAGGACUCUGCUCUGUCACAGUGA